AGAGUGCAAGUGGAAGGAGCCAUGUCCUAAGCCGAACAUGCGAAGAAGACCCGGCGGGCAUCGACCGCAUUUAGCUGGCGCGGGGGCGAAUGGGUGGCGCUCGUUGGCCCCCGGUGCGUCAGUGAGAAUCCGUGAAGGUACAAUUGGAAGUGGCAGAGGGAGGGAGAGGGAGGGAGAUCGAUUCUGUUGCACCUCUGGAGGAAGAGUUUGUCUGACGCAGGAGUGGCGCAGGAGGCAGGUAUGGGAGUUCGACGAGCGAAUCUGACGGGAAAGCGGAGCGCAGGUGGGCCCGGGAAUUCGCGGACGAGGAGCGACGAGAAGAUCUCCAUGCUCCAAUUGUCCGGGAGGAGGGCGCCCCUUGGGCACUGGGGCAGCGAUCGCAGAGUCGCAGGCCAUGCAUGGAGCUAUUGCGCUUCGGUCUCGGCCCGCGCAUGGAUAGUGCGGGCCUCUAGUAUAUAGCGCCGCUGCAGGAAAUCUGUUCGGCACGGCGAGCGAUCUGCUGCUCACCGCAUUCUGCUGCACCGCUCCGCCCCCGCCCCCGCCCCGUCCCGUCGCAGUUGUUGUGCUCUGGCUCGAUCGCAGCCCGAGCUCCGAGCUGCUCCUGCUGCCUUGGGCCAAAAGUCGAGGGCCGGAGCGCGUUCUGUUCUGUUGUGUUCGGUUAGGGAGGCAGCGGCGCCUCGCGUUCGAAUUGUGGUCUCGGAGAUUUUGCUCUGUUCUGGGCGCCAGUGGCGGGUUCUUCCUUUCGCAGCGGCGGCAGGCGACGACCAUGGCUCUGUCCGUGGGCGGCCAAGUCGCGGUCUCGGGAUUGCCGAAGAAUGGAGCUUUCGUCGAGGCAAGACGUGCCUCGACCUCUGCGGAGAUUUCGAGUGCCAAAAUGGGGCGAGGCUUCGCUGCAUUUCAAGGCUUGAAGGCGUCCGAGUCUUGUGCCUUCGACAAGCCCAAUGCGCCGUCGGUUCGAGCUCUGAUGCCCAAGCAGAUGCGAUCGCAGCCCCCGCGAGUCGUGCAGGGACUCGUGGUCGUUGCUUCUGGAGGAAUGAACAUCGUGUUUGUGUCCUCCGAAGUCGCACCGUGGAGCAAAACCGGAGGUCUCGGUGAUGUUCUCGGAGGCCUCCCUCCUGCCCUUGCGGCUCGAGGACAUCGCGUCAUGACUGUGUCGCCGCGUUAUGAUCAGUACAAGGAUGCCUGGGACACAGACACCACUGUCGAGGUCAAGAUCGGCGACACCACGGAGACGGUGCGAUUGUUCCACACUUUCAAACGCGGAGUGGAUCGUGUUUUUAUAGAUCAUCCCAUCUUUUUAGCUAAGGUUUGGGGGAAAACAGGGGGCAAGAUCUACGGUCCUGUCACUGGAGUUGACUACCAAGACAACCAGCUCAGAUUCAGUCUCUUUGCACAGGCAGCUAUUGAAGCAGUUCGCGUAUUGAACUUAACGAGUAACGAGUUCUUCAGUGGGCCAUAUGGAGAGGAUGUUAUUUUCGUUGCGAACGAUUGGCACACAGCCCUCCUUCCUUGCUACUUAAAAGCAUAUUACAAGUCGAAGGGGCAAUUUUUGAACUCCAAGGUGGCAUUUUGUGUCCACAACAUCGCAUAUCAGGGAAGGUUUGCGUUUGCAGACUUCCCUCUUCUGAAUCUCCCUGAUUCUUUUCAGAGUUCUUUCGCGUUCAUGGAUGGGUAUGACAAACCCGUGAAAGGGCUGAAGUGCAACUGGAUGAAAGCUGGAUUCCUUGAAUCAGAUAUCUUGUUGACUGUUAGUCCAAAUUACGCCCAGGAGUUGAAAGAAGGACCAGACAAGGGUGUAGAGCUGGAUGGUGUGGUUCAAAAGAAGGGAAUCAGGGGAAUUACAAACGGAAUGGAUGUACAAGAGUGGAAUCCAGCAACUGACAAGUAUUUAGAUAUCAAUUACGAUGCCACAAAUGUUUUGGAAGUCAAACCAAGUUUGAAAGAGGCUUUGCAAGCAGAAGUCGGCCUGCCAAUCAAUCCUGAUGUACCUCUGAUUGGGUUCAUCGGGAGGCUCGAGGAGCAAAAGGGUUCAGAUAUUUUGGUGGAAGCUGCUGCUGAGUUUCUCGGCGACGAUGUGCAAUUAGUUGUCUUGGGUACAGGGAAGAAGAUUUUGGAAAAACAGUUAGAAACUCUUGAGACUCAAUUUCCCGACAAGAUGAGGGCUGUCGCAAAGUUCAACGUGCCUUUGGCACACAUGAUAACAGCGGGAGCUGAUUUCAUAUUGGUUCCUAGUAGAUUUGAACCUUGUGGCCUAAUCCAACUCCACGCAAUGAGAUACGGAACGCCACCAAUAGUUGCAUCUACAGGAGGAUUGGUGGACACCGUGAAGGACGGUGAAACUGGAUAUCACACAGGUGCUGCUUUCAAUGUCGAAUGUGAGACUGUAGACCCAGCAGAUGUUGCUCUGUUGGCGAAGACCGUCAAGAAGGCGAUAGAAGAAUACGGCUCACCGAAGUAUAUUAGCAUGAUCAAGAAUGGGAUGGGUCAAGACCUCUCUUGGAAGGGUCCUGCGAGAAUCUGGGAAGAUGUUCUGCUCAGCCUAAACGUGGAGGGAACAUAUCCUGGUGAGGAAGGAGACGAAAUCGCUCCUCUGGCCAAGGCAAACGUUGCCACACCAUGACAAUGUGUCUGCUCUGAAUUUGUUGUCAAAACUAGUGAGGCUUCGCUAGUUUCUACUAGAAGCAGGGAGAGCGCAAUUAGAACAUUUAUAGCUGAACUGUUUUCAAUUUGAUGAUACGACGUGUUUCACAGAGAGUGGCAUGUCAGUAUUUGUCGACUUCUUUUAGCUAGACAUGCAUCAAGAGGUUGUAGUCGUGAACCCUCACGGAAGUGGUGCAUUACUCCCUUGCAUGACCAGACCUGUAUUUUUAUCUAGUCGGAUUGUACGCAUCGAGAUUUUGUUCAAAGCCGAAGGUGGGUAAAUUCUUGUUGCUUGUAAAGAUUAGAGACUGAGGCUGUCCAUGCCAAGCAGUAGUGGGUAGAUAGAUAGGAUGUUACUACCAUCAUAGUUCUAGGUGGUUGUGUCUCAGAAACAACCAGAUUUUUCAGGACUACUUUGCCUGCAAGACAGAAAGCAUGGAUCUUUUAUUCAUGCAUAAUCACAAUAGAGAAGUGCUGAGUGGCAUGAAUACUCUCACAAUGCGAG